GAUCUCCUCCUCACACUUGUCGAACCUAGGACGUGGCUACCAAUGCACACGAGGAAGUGGGAGCCCAUCCAUUUAUCUAUGAGAUAGUACAGAAGUUUUAAAAGAAAAGUAAAGGAGGAACUCGUCGGCACCACAUUCUACCCAGCUUCCAUAAAUGUUACUACCACCUGAACGCCUGGGGAAAGAAAACAAAAGGGAAGCAUGUCCAGCCUUGAGAGAAUGACGGUGCUCCAGCUCGUUCCUCCUCUGUUCCUCGUGGUGCUCCUGCUCUGCUGCUCCAGCUCGGUUCCCCUCCACGAAGCAUCGCCGCUCUCCACGGACACGAAGACACCCGUGGCCGUGGAGCUGAACGUGACGCUCAACUUCUGCCGGAGUGACGCCGGCGGCGGCUGCGACGCGGCGGCCGACGCGGCGGUGCGUGCGCGGUUCGACGCCAUGGACGUGGAACCGGCGGACGGCGAGUGCGCGCGUCUCGUCAAGUCCAUGCUCUGCUCGAAGUGUAAUCUGUUCUCGGCUGCUCUGUUUGACACUGGAUCUAUCACACGUACAGUUCCUCUCCUGUGUAGCUCUUUCUCUGCGCGAGGUUCCUCUCAACCUGAGCACCCCACCCACAAUAAUGGGGACUAUUGUGGGCAAGUUUGGAAACAUUGCAAAAGCACAGCAAUGUUGAACUCUCCUUUCCAGUCUUUCGCACCCAGAAAGGUUGAACUUACUGGUUCAUCUUCCAUGCUUACUGACUUUUGGCAAUCAGAAAAGGACUUUUGUGUGUCACUUUCCAGCACACCAAACAACUCGUUAGUAUGCUUCAAUGGGCAUGGGGUCUCAUUCAACCAAAUGAGGAACUCUUCACCAUCUCCUAAUGGGAUGUGCCUUGAGAAGAUCGGUAAUGGAUCCUAUCUUAACAUGGUUGGUCACCCUGAUGGGUCUAGCAAAGCCUUCUUCUCCAGAGAAGAUGGCAAGAUAUGGUUGACCACAGUUCCUCAACAAGGAACGAGAGACAGCCUGCAACUUGAUGAGACAAUCCCAUUUCUUGAUCUUGCAACUGAAGGUCACCUCAGUUCGGACCUUGGGUUCGUGGGUUUGGCAUUUCAUCUGGAUUUUGUAAACAACGGACGCUUCUUUGUUUCAUACAUUUGUGAUGGAACUCUGUCAUCCAACUGUGCUGGUAGGUGUUCGUGUGAUCGUGAUGUGGGGUGCGAUCCUUCAAAGAUCGGCUCUGAUAAUGGUGUUGACCCUUGCCGGUACCAACUAGUCGUCUCAGAGUAUUCAGCAGCAAAAGGUUCAUCAUCAAGCUUUUCCGAGGCAACAUACGCAGAUCCAUCGGAAGCCAGAAGGAUCUUUUCAAUGGGGUUGCCAUAUGUUUCUAACCAUGCCGGUCAGCUCCUUUUUGGACCUACUGAUGGGUACCUGUACUUUUUUACUGGAAAUGGCGGAAUUAGGGGUGAUCCCUUCAACUUCUCGCAGAAUGGAAAAUCUCUUUUGGGAAAAGUCUUGAGGCUUGACAUUGAUGAACUUCCAGAGAUGAAUGGGGUUUCUAACCAAAGCUUAUGGGGUAAUUAUACCAUUCCAAAAGACAAUCCCCAUACUGGUGAUAGUAACUUACAGCCAGAAAUUUGGGCCUGGGGUCUUGAAAACCCAUGGAGGUGCAGCUUUGACUCCGUGAGGCCUUUCCACUUGUACUGUGCGGAUGAUGGCCAGGAACAAUACAAAGUGGUAGAUUUGAUAUCCAAGGGUGGAAACUACGGGUGGAGUGCUGCGCAUGAGGACCAGGAUAUUCACUAUCCACCUUGGGCUUCUCAAGGAACCAAACCAACAAAUGGCAUCUUUUUCCCAAUAAUGGGCUAUACGGUUCCUUCUACCACCAAAUAUGCAGCGAUAGUUGGUGGGUAUGUGUACCGCGGGUCUGCUGACUCUUGCUUGUAUGGAAGGUACCUAUUUGCGGAUAUGUACUCAUCUGCCAUGUGGACUGGCACGAUUAACAUUGAUGGCAGUGGUAAAUAUACCUCUGCUUCCAUCCCGUUGAGCUGUUCUAAGACACCACUUCCCUGUGAUGAUUCCACAGACAGCCCUCUUGGCCCAAUCUUUUCGUUUGGCGAGGAUAACAAGCAAGAUGUCUUCAUCUUGGCGAACCAAGGUGUGUACCGGAUUGUCCAGCCUAGCCUAUGCGACUAUGUUUGUGUGAGUGAUGCAACUACAGAACAAGCGACAGCUUCUGUUUCUGGUGGUAGUCAAGGAAUGGCAACAAUUCUAAAAGUGCUGAUAGGUGUGGCAUCAGUUUUGGGCACAGCUGGAGCUAUCUAUCUUGUUCGUACAUGUUUCUGCAACAACUCAGUAAUACUGGGCAAUCGCAUAGGGACUAUGCAAGUAAUCAAUAACACUACCACGCGCGGAGAUAAUUCUUCCUUGGCGACCACAACCAAAGCAGGUGACAUUGAAUUGGCUGUAACUAAGCCUGCAGAGUAUCAUGCUCGCUAGUUGCUUAUUAUGGUCUUCACAUUUGUGUGCCUGCUGUUGUGUUAAUUCAGGAACCACACGUUGUAUAUAUAUUCCACUGGCCGGUUUUCUUUGAGUUCUUUCUACACUCUUUGCAAGAAACAUCUGAAGAGUUCUGUAACUUCAUUUUGAAAUUGGAAUGUGAAGAUCAUACAUUAGUAUUUUGACGUC